AUGAAGUGCUCCUCGUGCUCGGUAUUUCUAGCAGCAUUAGCGGCAGCGGACAGCACGUUUAUAAUAGGCGUCCUCCUAACUUAUGUAAAUGAUAACCUCCAUGCUAUCUUGACAACGGACCUCUCCUGCCAGUUCCUCAUUUUCAUUACGUACUCAGCCAGCUUUUUGAGCGUCUGGUUUAUAGUCGGAUUCACGUGCGAAAGGUACAUUGCGAUACGAUUUCCACUGAAACGGGCUAUCAUGUGCAGCGUUGGCAGAGAAAAGAUCGUGGUUCUGGUGUUCACCCUUUUUGCCUGUUUCCUGUACAAUUUUAGUUUUUGGACAACGAUAGCCAGUGCAUCUGAUGACAAGAUUCAAUGCACAUACCGGGUCGAAUACUUCGGCUUCCUUCACGUUGCAACAUGGAUAGACACGUGUAUUGCCAUGGUUAUUCCAUUUCUGACAAUCACUUGCGUGAAUUCGUUGGUGGUGCGACGUCUACUGGUAAGCACAAAAAAGACAGCAGCUUUGAGAAGGUCGCGGAGUGAGAAUCAAAAAGCAGAGAUGCAGCCUUCCCUACGACUAUCGAGUCAUCGCCGGUAUAAAGAUGGUCAAAGUGUGGGCAUGGGACGCACAAAAGUCAGCAUUUUCUCUCUGGCCUGGUUUGGGGGAAUCAGAAAAUUCGUCCGUGAUGCAGUGGUAAUAGAUGCAGUGACACCCAUCCCAUGA